CUCUGAAGAGAAAAUAUCGGAUGUAAAAAGAUCUGAUGUGAUUGGACAAAAAAAAUAAACUGUGUAACGGCAGCCGAAGUGGCAGGGGGAAGUCAGUUUGCGAGAAAAAAAAGUUCUCGCGCAACGGAAAGCCAAGCAAACUUCACGAUGGCGUCUAUUAGCAAUUCUGCUUCCAGUCCAAUGGUGAUAUUGGCCCCAAAAACUAAAACCAAGAAGAAACAUUUUGUGCAACAGAAGGUGAAGGUAUUUCGUGCCAGCGACCCAGUCUUGAGCGUUUUUAUGUGGGGUGUUAAUCAUUCGAUAAAUGACCUAAACCAGGUGCCUGUUCCUGUCAUGCUUCUGCCUGAUGACUUCAAAGCCAACACUAAGAUCAAAGUCAACAACCACCUCUUCAACAAAGAGAAUCUACCAGGACAUUUCAAGUUUAAGGAGUACUGUCCCCAAGUGUUCCGAAAUCUCAGGGAGCGUUUUGGAAUUGAGGACCUCGACUACCAGGUGUCACUGACCCGCAGCUCUCCUGUAAGAGGCGGGGAAGCCCAGGGUGAGGGGAUUCUCCUGACCUCCUACGACCGCACGCUGAUCAUUAAGCAGAUCUCUAGUGAGGAUGUGGCUGAUACGCAUGGCAUCCUGUCUGAAUACCAUCAGCAUAUAGUGAAGUGCCAUGGUAGCACUCUGCUGCCCCAGUUCCUAGGGAUGUACCGCGUAGGCGUGGAGAAUGAGGAAACCUACCUAAUCGUCAUGAGGAACAUGUUUAGCCACAGACUGGUGGUGCACAGGAAGUAUGACCUUAAGGGCUCUCUGGUGUCUCGUGAAGCAAGCGACAAAGAGCGGGUGAAAGAGCUUCCUACCUACAAGGACAUGGAUUUCAGAAACAACAUGCAGAAGGUGUAUGUGAACGAGGAGCAGAAAGAGAAAGUUAUGGAAAAACUUAACCGAGAUGUAGAGUUUCUCGUCAAGCUGAAGAUUAUGGACUACAGCCUCCUCUUGGGUAUCCAUGAUGUGGAGCGGGCAGAGCGGGAGGAGGAGGAGGGAGAGGAGCCCUCUAAUGACGAGGAGGGGGAGCCUGAGAACGGCCUGACGCAGGCCCUGAACGUGGGCUCCUAUGGCACCUCCCCUGAGGGCAUCGCUGGCUACAUGGCAUCCUGCAAACCCCUGGGCCCUGGGGAGUUUGACCCCUAUGUGGAUGUGUAUGCCAUCAGGAGUGCCCCUGGAGCCCCUCAUAAGGAGGUGUACUUCAUGGGUCUGAUAGAUGUUCUGACACAGUAUGACACCAAGAAAAAAGCAGCCCACGCAGCCAAAACGGUCAAGCAUGGGGCUGGUGCUGAAAUCUCCACUGUCCACCCAGAACAAUAUGCCAAGCGAUUUCGUGACUUCAUCUCCAACAUCUUUGCGUAGCAGGACAUUUUAACCACCACCACCACCAACCAACCUUUUCCCAUAUAGAGUUGAACGAUUUUCUUUAUACUUUUUCUCAGAUGUACUUUAUAUACGAUAAAACAUUGACCCCGAAAAAUGUUAAACAAAUUUGGGAUGGUUUGGUCUACAGACUUUCCAUUGUUGUAAUGCAUUACAUAUUUAUUUAUAGCUUUAUAGGAUGAAUGUGAUUCCAUUUUGAUAAGCACUCUGACUGCUGAUUAUGCUGCUCAUGUUGUCAUAGAGAUGUUACACUGAAAAGGAUUGAUUAGACUUAAAUGGGCAACCUGGGAUUGAAAAUGUGACCACUUUUCUUUUUGAAUCUCAGACGGAUCCUUUAAAUUAGUUGAAAUCCUGGGUCAUGCCCAUUAGGUACCAAACAAGAGAAUUUUUAACUAAGUGAAACUGGGAGGUACUAACAAUUAAGUACUUGAACUUGUCCAAUGAGAAAUCAUGGUUAUUUUCAUUCUGUUGAACACAACCCUUGAUUGGUCAGAUCUUCUGAAUACACUAAUAUAACUGGACAAGGGAAUGUGUCAUUGCAAUGAACCUUGCAGUACAUACAACAGCAAUCUGUCUCAAUGGGAAAGUGUUGUGGGUUUUGCCAUUAACGUCCCAUACAGUCAUCUCAUUGACUUGGCAUAAUGCAGAGAAUCAGGCUAUUGUGAAUGGAGUUGGAAGAGUUGAACGGUUGAGCAUUCACUGUUGCUCCUUCAAACCAAGCAUUAAAAAAAAAAAAAAGAAUAGCCCAGCUCAAUAAUUAAUGUGUUGUGGAAUAUAUGUAGCCUGAUUGCCUGUCUAUUUGCCUCAUCUUACUAACUCACUCUGUCACAUUGUCAGGCCAGAAUUCUGGCUUGACCAUGACAGUAAUGGAGUUGGCGAGAACUCAAGUGUCUGGGACUGGACAACUAAUGAUAAGUAGAGGUAAAUUCUGAUGUUGAAUUACAACUAUUACUACUGUCAUGACAUUUUAAGAGACUUCACAUAAGAGCUACCUUGGGUAUUGUGUGUUACUCAUAGAACAUAUUGUAGCACUAUGUUUUGGUUGCUUCGUGCAACUUAAUAGCCUUAAAGAUGUGAUUUAAGAGUUUUCUGCUAAACAAGUUGAAUACACUGAAAUGUUUGAGUAGGUACAAUAUGCAUAUGUUGCCUUGUGACCAUUUAGUUGCACAUCUUGUAAUUUAGCAAAUCAGCUUUUGGACCAAAAUAUAUUUUACAAAGAUUUUCUGAUAUGUGUUCAAUAUAUUUUUUUUUUAUAUAUAUAUAUAUGUCAUAAAAGUGAAUAACUGUUCAAAGGUUCACCGGCACUGUUCUACUGUCAUACAGAACAGUCUCUUUUGCCAGGUCUGUGAACUGGGUACAUUCUAUGGUUUGAGUAAAAGGUUCAUACCUGCGCAGUCCUGUCUCUUUACCUCGUAGUGUUGAAUACAUAAAAGCACAGUUUGGGCAGUAA